GGCGUUGGCGCUGCGCGGUGUUUUCCCGCCUCGCUCGGAAAAUGAAGCGAAAAUGGGAAGAAAGACUGAAGAAAGUUGAAGAACUAGCAUCUUACUAUGAAAGAAAUCCUCUUCUUCCAGUUUACAGACCAAAACUGUCCAAACCUUUUCAGCCAUCCCCUGUUUGGAAAAUAUUUUGUCGUCAGGCUGAAGCUUUUCACUACGUAAAAACCUGUGAAGAGGAUGUUCAUGUAUUUGCCCUGGAGAAGAACACACAAAAUGGGCAGCGAUUUUACCUUGUGACAACGUAUUGCGAGCUCUGGUUUUACUACACCAAAGAUUAUAAAACCAGCCUGAUGCACUGCUAUGAAGUAAUUCCGGAAAAAGACGCUUGUAAACUUUAUUUUGAUUUGGAGUUCUACAAACCGGCAAAUCCUGGGGCCGAUGGCAAGAGUAUGGUUGCAAAGUUAAUUGAGCUUGUCAACAAAAAGCUAGAAGAAAUUUAUGAUGUUAAAUGUUCAGCCAAAGAUGUCCUGAACUUAGAUUCCAGUACCGAUGAAAAAUUUAGUCGUCACUUGAUAUUUCUACCCCACAAGACUGUAUUUAAGAAUAAUAUCCAUGUUGGUAACUUUGUGAGGAGCGUUUUGCAGCCGGCUGUGGCGUUACUGGAGCGCGAAGCUGCUGGGCUCACUCCAGAGGGGCGAGCGAGCCGCCUUUGCCAGAGCUCUGCACCAACACCUGGAUCACAGGGUUCCCUCAUCAACCCCUCGGCAGCAGAGGAUGCAUCUAAGAGUUGUCCAUCUAUUGCUYAUGAAACAACAGAAAGAGGAAUGUCACAGCAGGGAGAAAAUUCUGAAUACGCAUUUCUGUUAGUAAAUGACAAAGAAGGACACAAGCAACUUUUUGUGGAUCUAGGUAAACGAGUUUAUACAAAGAACAGAAACUUCCGGAUGUAUAAGUCAUCAAAAGCAGGAAAAAACGUGAUUCUGAAGAUUGCAGAGGAUAAUAAGUUUGUCCCUACAUGCGAAAAUAACAUUUCUCUGGAAGAAGCAUACUUUCUUUCYUCUCUGGUCUGCAAUGUUGGGUCUGGAGAUGACACAAAAAUUCUGACAUCCAACGCCUCAGAAGAGRAAAGAAAAACAUCUGCUUUUUUAAACAGCAAAACUACUAGAAGUGCUAGAGAGUCCACUGAAGGCUAYCAGGAGUCACCGUAUCCAGAAAUUGAUUCUUUCGUUCGUUCUUUGGUUAAUAAAGACGGGGUGCGAGGAGGUAUACGGCAAUGGAACUAUUUCUCUCUGGAGGAAAUAAUUGUGUAUGAUAUCUUUGGUUACCGCUGGUGUGAAAAUAUUGGCAGAGCUCACAAAAGCAACAACAUCAUGAUUUUGGUAGACCUGAAGAAGGAAGUCUGGUAUCAAAAGUGUCACGACCCAGUCUGCAGAGAGCAAAACUUCAAAUCACAGAGUUUUCCAUUGCCACCUAGGAUCUGUCUUCCUUUUCUUUUCCAAGAGGAAGGAGAAUAUGCAGUAAUGGAUGAAAAUGAGAACAAAGGGCAUUCUGACUCUACAGAGGUGCCAAAAAGCUCAGUAUUUCAAGAAAACUGCGCGUCUAGAGACCUCCUCCAAGCAGACAGUAUGUGGGAGCAGGCAAGUGAUGAUGCCUGGUUCCUGGAAGCUACUGAUGAUGUGGAACUAGCUGAAGCUGCGAGGGACGGUCUGAAUGGUGACCCACAAGAAAUUCCUGAUGAAGUUCUUCUGGAAGCUGUAAGGAAAGAGGAUGCUUGUGCUAAGAACCCAGCUGACCCCAGGCCUGGCUAACGCACAAACUCACCCCGCUGGGGCUUCCAUACAAGCGCCUGUCGUGGCGUCCACAGGCGAUGCCGCGGCUUCUCUCCUCUCCCCGAGUGUGCAGCAGAACUGCGAGCGUUGCUCACAGAGGGUAGCUCACACCAGAACCAUGAGCGUAGCUCACGGCGUAGCUCACAGAGUAGCUCACAGCAGGACCAUGAGCGUAGCUCACGGAGCGUAGUUCACAGCAGAACCAUGAGCAUUGCUGCUUGCAGCUGCACAACGCGGUCACCUUAGACAGGGAGGGAGAUUUGCCUGGGCUGAGCAGCCGGGGC